AUGUCCGCUAUAAGUCUGUUAAAUCCCAAAGCGGAAUUCGCUCGUGCCGCUCAAGCGUUGGCUGUGAACAUUUCGGCUGCAAGAGGCAUACAGGAUGUGAUGAAAACCAAUUUGGGACCCAAAGGGACGAUGAAAAUGUUAGUCUCUGGAGCUGGAGAAAUAAAAAUUACUAAAGAUGGAAAUGUGCUCUUACAUGAAAUGCAAAUUCAACAUCCAACAGCUAGUCUUAUUGCCAGAGCUUCUACCGCCAUGGAUGACGCCACUGGUGAUGGUACAACUUCAACUGUUCUCAUUAUUGGUGAACUUCUGAAACAAGCUGAAAACUUAAUCUCAGAGGGUGUACAUCCUAGAGUGUUGACAGAAGGCAUGAUUAAAGCCAGAGAUAAGGCAUUAGAACUUUUAGAGAAAAUUAAAGUUGAAGGAAAACCAGAUCGUCAAAGGCUGUAUGAUGUAGCUACUACUUCUCUUCGUACUAAAGUUGAUAGAAAAUUAGCCGAUCAAAUGGCAGAUAUAUGUGUUGAUGCUGUAUUAAAUGUGCAACGUGAAGAUGGAAUAGAUUUACACAUGGUCGAAUUAAUGGAGAUGCAACAUAAGACAUCUACUGCAACAACUCUUGUUAGAGGUCUUGUCCUUGAUCACGGUUCAAGACAUCCAGACAUGCCAAGAAAAGUUGAGAACGCUUUCAUAUUGACUUGUAAUGUUAGCAUGGAAUAUGAGAAAAGUGAAGUAAAUUCUGGGUUCUUUUAUAAAACUGCCGAAGAGAGAGAAAAAUUGGCAAUAGCAGAACGUGAUUUUAUUGAACAAAGAGUGAAAAAAGUUAUUGAAUUAAAACGAAAAGUCUGUCCUCCCGGAUCUGGUAAAUCGUUUGUUGUCAUAAAUCAAAAGGGUAUUGAUCCAUAUUCUCUGGACAUGUUGGCCAAGGAAGGUAUAAUUGGUUUAAGGCGUGCCAAGAGGCGUAACAUGGAACGUCUGUCAUUAGCAUGUGGUGGAUCUGCUGUCAAUAGUGUUGAUGAUUUAACUGAAGAUGUGCUUGGUUAUGCAGGCUCUGUUUAUGAAUAUGUAUUGGGUGAAAAUAAGUACACAUUUGUUGAAGAUUGCAAAAAUCCUCUUAGUGUUACCAUAUUAAUAAAAGCUCCUAAUAAAUAUACAUUAGCUCAGAUCAAAGAUGCUAUUCAUGACGGUUUAAGAGCAAUCAAGAAUUCCAUUGACGAUGGUGCUGUAGUACCAGGUGCUGGUGCAUUUGAAAUAUAUGCUUGGCAAGAACUUCAAAAAUAUAAAGACGAAAUUAAAGGAAAAAGCCGUUUGGGAAUUCAAGCAUAUGCUGAAGCUUUGUUAAUCAUACCCAAAACCAUUUCAAUCAAUAGUGGUUUUGAUGCUCAAGAUAUGAUAGUUAAGUUACAAGAAGAGUGUAGAGAAAGUGUUGGUCCAGUAGGAGUGAAUGUUGAUAGCGGUGAAGUUCUUCAACCGGUUGAUGCUGGAAUAUUUGAUAAUUAUUGUGUUAAAAAACAAAUCCUGAACUCUUGUACUAUUAUCGCUAGCAAUUUGUUGCUUGUUGAUGAAAUAAUGAGAGCUGGUAUGUCGUCACUCAAAGGAUAA